UAAGCGCGCCUAGUUGAAAUUGCCGGCUUUGUGGUAGCUUCUUCUAGUCACGUUUGAAUGAAGAUUUGCUUUACUUUUAUGCAAAAGCAACAUCCCAUUAUACUCCUUUAGACGCGGGAAAAACCACAAAGAUAUUCGGUGCAGACGUAUCUGAGGCGAGAGCUAUCCAAAAAGGAAGAAGCAUGGAGUAUUUCGGCUUGCUAGCCGUUCACGUGUUGUGGCUUGUAGGCAUUAUGGCGGUGUCUUCGAAUGCCGAUCAUGUUGUAGGAUGCGGAGGGUUCGUGCAGUCAGAUGUGGAAAUUAACUACUCGUUGAUAGAGAUGAAACUUUACACGAAGCAAGGGAUUAUGAAAUACAAGACAGAAUGUGCUCCAAACAAUGGUUACUUCCUGAUUCCCCUUUACGACAAGGGAACAUCUGUGUUGAAGAUAGAGCCCCCAACUGGUUGGAGCUUUGAACCCAGCAGUGUUGAGUUGAACAUUGAUGGUAAAACAGACAAGUGCAGUAAAGGAGAGGAUACCAACUUCAUUUUCACUGGAUUCACACUCACUGGGAAGGUGCUGAGUCUAGGGCGUGGUGAGGGGCCAUCAGGGGUGGAUGUAGCUCUGUCUGGCAAUGGUGUAGAUCGAAAGGCUUCAACAACAGAUGGGGGAUUGUUUAUAUUCACCCGGGUUAUGCCAGGGAAUUAUAAAGUCACUGCCUCACACACAACCUGGGCUUUUGUCAAGAGCUCUGGUGAUGUAACUGUCAGUGAUGGAAGUGUAGAAUUGACUGAGAGCCUCAUGGUGGCCGGCUAUGAUGUCAAGGGUCAUGUACUUAAUGAUGGCCAGCCCAUAAAAGGUGUUCAAUUUCUUCUGUUUGCCAAGACAAACAUACAAAAGGAGGAGGUGUCUGGGUGUGCGCCUAUCCAUGAGAGUGCCCUCAAAGAAGUACAGUCCAAGUCUGACGGGGGCACGCCUCUUUGCCAGGUCAAUUCUGGGGCAGAUGGCACCUUCACCUUCCCCACAGUCCCUAGUGGGGAAUACAUCCUGGUGCCAUUCUACCAAGGUGAACACAUCACGUUUGAUGUUGUGCCAAGCAAGCUUACUUUUGCAGUCAACUACAAGAGUGUGGUGUUGAAGACACCUUUUCAAGUUCAUGGUUUCUCGGUGGUUGGCAGAGUGACAUCUGUCAAGGGUGAAGGUAUCAGUGGUGUGAGCCUUACCGUCACAGGCGGCAAAACAACCACAACAAAGCGUGAUGGGAUGUACAUUCUGGACAACAUAACAACAGGGACGUACACAAUACAGGCAAGCAAGACCAACUAUUUCUUUGAUGCAUUGCAAGUUCAAGUGACACCCAACACUCCCAAACUCCCAGACAUCAAGCCUGUCAGGUACCAUUUGUGCGGCAAGUUGGCGGUUGAUGUGUUUCCCCCAGGCAUGACACAGCUGAGUGGCCGCAAGGCGGUGCUGAAUACCAAGGAUGCCCCCAUUUCAACCAGAUCCAUGUCAGCAACAGCAGAUGCUGACGGCUCCUUCUGCUUUAGAGUCAGCUCUGGUGUGCACACCAUCCAGCCCGUAGUUACUAGCGUUGAGGCUGAGUCUGGGUUGGUUUUCAAGCCUGCUGAGCAAGUCAUAACUCUUGAUGAUGCACCUGUGGUUGAUGUUGUCUUUUCCCAGUUCCGGGCUGCUGUUUCAGGAUCUGUCAAGUGCAUCGGUGGCCAAUGUCAGGGCGUUUCCAUCUCCCUAGUGUCGGCAUCUAAUCCAAACUCCAAGAUGGUUACUGCGGUUUCAGACUCAGAAUCAACAUUUAUUUUCAAGGAUGUUUUACCUGGCAAGUACAAAGCACAAGCUGUCCAGGAAAAGUGGUGUUGGCAGAACAAAACUAUCGAGGUCACCAUUACAAACUCUGACAUCAACAACCUGGAGUUUACCCAGUCUGGUUACAUCCUCAAGUGCAGUCUAUCACAUGCUAUCACCCUGAAUUUUUCCCUGGAGAACAAGAAAGAAGUGGUCGGGUCAUUCAUCCUGUCUAAGGGAACAAAUCGCUUCUGCCUUUCUGAACCAGGUGUCUACAAUCUCACGCCUAAGUCAUGUCAUCGCUUUGAACAAGAAGUGUACAAGUAUGACACGUCAUCACCUUCUGUCCUCGCACUAUCCGCCAUCAAGCAUUGGAUGUCAGGUGUCGUCACUACCAAGAAGGCUGCCUCUGACAUCAGGGUGAAGAUCAGGUCUGUAAAAUCUAAAGAAGUCAUCAUCAUUGAAGGGCUAAAAGAAGGAAUAGAGAAUUUGGCUGGACAGAAACACCCUGAUCAGACCACGCCCAAAGAAGGCAACAAGACUGAACCAAAAAACAAGGAGUCCAAGGACGAGUACGUGUACAAGUUCUCACACUGGGGCAAACUUGGAGAGGAGUUUGAGGUCGUACCAUUGUCAGCAGAACUGCUUUUCUACCCAUCGUCCAAAACAGUCACCAUCACAGAUGGCUGUCCAGGGGCUUCUGUGGAAAUGGAAGGUCGACCAGGAGUGUUUUUGCAGGGUGCCAUCAUCCCCCCUCUCUCUGGAGUAGACAUCUCCAUCACCUCUGGACCAGGGGACCAGGAGGGCGCAAAGACGAACAUCAGGGUUCUCACAGAUGAUCAGGGACGCUACAGGGUUGGUCCAUUACAUGGUGGCAUCGAGUACAGCUUGGACGCGCAGAAGAAUGGUUUUAUCAUUACACCAAUGCCGGAGAGGAAGGGACACUUCCAGGCCUUCAAACUAGGGGAAAUCAAUAUCAAGGUGGCCGAUGUAGAAGAGUCACCGCUGGCCGGAGUACUGCUGUCUCUCUCUGCAGGGCAGUUUCGUAGCAACAAUCUGACGUCAGAAGCUGGUACAAUGGUCUUCGCUAACUUGGGACCUGGGCAGUACUUUUUCAGGCCAAUGCUCAAAGAGUACACAUUCGAUCCAGCGUCCCAGAUGAUUGACGUAAAGGAAGGAGCUACGGUGGAUGUCGUUGUCAAGGGAAAGCGAGUUGCCUUUAGUUGCUAUGGUCUUGUGACGUCACUCAACGGGGAGCCCGAGAAGGAGAUAGCCCUUGAGGCAGUCGGAAUGGGGAGCUGCGAGGGAAUGCAGGAAGAGACGAGAUCAGAUAAGGAUGGAACCUACAGACUUAGGGGACUCCAGCCUGGCUGCAGUUAUCGAAUCCGCGUCAAAUCAGGAGAUGGCAACCCUUUGAUAGAGCGUGCAUCGCCAGCAAACAUUGACGUUCAGGUGUCUGGAAGUGACGUCACCAAUGUGAACAUGAUUGUCUUCCGGCGUCGUAAUCAGUUUGAGAUUACUGGCACAGUGGCAUCCGAGCGGGACCACCUUCACACUCUUAAGGUGAUGCUGUACCGAGAGAAUAACCUAGACACACCGGUGCUGACCACCUCGGUGGGAAUCGCAGGCUACUUUCAGUUCCAGCCCGUUCCAAAUGAUGGCGAGGUGUACGUUGUCCGUCUAGACUCCAGCCUCUCCACCAAGACCUUCGUGUACAGCCUUCCCGAGGCGACCGUGACCAGCACAGGCAUCCGAUCACACGUCAAACUCAUCUUUGCCCCCAAGAGCCGUACAUUCGAGCAAGAGCCUUCCCAGGGAUCCUUGCUGGCGCUGCCGUUCCUCGCCAUACUUGCGUUACUCUUUAUAAACCAUUCCAAGAUUUUUCCCGUGAUGCAACAGGCAGCGCAGAUGUUGCAGGGAGUCCCCGCCGCUGACCAGCUUCAGGUGUCCGUGGACGAGCAGCUGAAAAACCGCAAGAAAAUAAGCACACGGCGGAGAUAACUAUCACUUAUCUUAGUGAUUUUUUCCUCUUUAGAAUUCAAUAAAAGCGAAAGACCCUUAAAGAGUGGUUCUCUCACCCAGGUCACGUGACGGGCGUACUAGUUCAUCUCACGUGACCCUAGUCAGUGAGGAGAGCAUGGAUUGUACCUGAUGGCCUAUUCGUCACACGUUGAUCAUUGAGACUCACAUCUGGUCAGACGCAUCUGUCGUAUUUAUACCAAUUUUGGUAUUAUUAGGUAGUUAGUUUAUCGAAUGAGGUUAGGCGCUGAGAGUGAAAACAAGUUUUGGGGAAUUUUAACGUUAUAACCAUGUCGCUGUCAACCUUUUAGACGAGAAUUUGGUUGCUUUCCACGUGUUCGCCGUAAGUUAGUGACUGAACCAUAGCGGCCAGAGCGACGUUUAUUAAAGCUGACUCAUAUUCUCGCAGUCUAUCCACCUUUAAAGGCCAGGUAGAGAGGAUCCGAAUUGGGAUAGGGGCUAAACUACAAAUAAACCACACUUGCUGAUGUCUCUUAAUUUGAAUAGGGGCUACACUACAAAUAAACCACACUUUCCGGUGUCUCUAAA